AUGACGGCAUGCGACAAGAGAGCAGCUGGUGACCCUGCCUUUGGACCUCCAGUAGAAGAAAAGUCUUUACAAACUUUGACUAAGCGACCCCGGUCAGAAAGAGGGCGUCUGAAUUCAUCUGAGGAGAGCUCUAGCAAAGGCGAUGCCUCUACACGCCUCAGCUUUCUGAAGAAGCUCUGGGACGUUGUUGAAAGCGAUCGGUUUGAGUCCCUUUGCUGGGGGGACAACGGGAAGUGUGUAGUGAUUCAUGAAGAAUUGUUUGAAGAGGAAGUACUAGCAAGGAGAGGACAUCUGAGAAUUUUUGAAAGUGAGAGCAUGAAAAGCUUCACUCAUGAGCUCCGUCUGAAUGGAUUCACCAGAAAGCUGUGGGAUUUUCCAAAAUCAGGCUCGCGCAAUGACUUGCUAGCAGAAGAAACAGCUGUGGAG